AAGCGUGGAGUUACAACCUUCUUCUGCCUGAAUAUGGCGAUCUGUCCCCAGUGUCCAGAUCAAGAUGAGUCUUUAGAAGAAGACACAAUGAAAGUCUACUCUCCACUCACCCUUGAGAAGUUGGCAAGACAGAGGCUACUGAGGGAGGAGGCCUUGGCCAUUUCUGCUCUCAAGGACCUGCCCAAUAUUCUGUUCCCAGUGAUGUUUGAGGAGGCCUUCAUUAAUGGACAUACAAAGGUCUUGACAGCCAUGAUACCUGUGUGGCCCUACCCAUACCUUUCUGUAGGAAUGAUGAUAAAAAACCUCAACUUGGAGACUUUGAAGGCUGUGCUUGAGGGACUAGAUAUACUGAUUGCACAAAAGGUUCACUCCAGUAGGUGCAAACUCAGAGAGAUCAAUUGGAGGAAUGGAUAUCAUGAUAUUAAUGGCAUAUGCACUCGAUCCUAUGAAGACUUACCAGGAUUCAUGACACAGAAACAGCCAAUGCAGAAUAGUCCUGGCUGUGGGGUGAAGAAAGAAUUGAAGCUGACAACACAACUUGAACUGAUAGAGGGUAGACUUGAUGAAUCUGCCACAUACUUGUUGCAGUGGGCCCAGCAGAGAAAAGAUUCAAUUCAUCUGUGCUGUAGAAGGCUAGAGAUUCAGGGCUUAACCAAAGCCACAGUCAUAGAAAUCUUCAACUUUUUACAUGCAGACUGUGUACAAGAUCUGGAGCUGCUUCAUCUUCGUAUAGAAGAUUUGGCUUUUCUUAAUCCCUACCUGAGACAGAUGAACAAUCUUCUCGAUCUUACACUAAGUCACAUCACAGAUACCCUAAGUGAUUCAGAAAUUUCUCAACUUCCCAUAUUCCAGUGCCUGGAGAGUAUCUCUGUAAAUAAUGUCUCCUUUAUAUACGGCAACCUGAAAGGAUUCCUCAGGUGCCUGAAGAAACCCUUGGAUUCACUUAGCAUCACUGACUGUAACCUCUCACAGUCAGACUUGGAUUUCCUGCCCUAUUGCCGAAAUAUUUGUGAGCUCGAAUCGAUAAAAAUUGCUGAUAUUAGUUUAUGUUAUUUACACCUGGAGCCUCUCAGGUUUUUCCUUCAGAGAGUUGGACAUAGCCUGCAAUACCUGGAAUUAGAGGCAUGUGGUAUACAGGACUCUCAGAUUAAUACCCUGCUGCCUGCCAUAAGCCAAUGUUUCCACCUCAGAGGUGUCAGUUUCUGUAAUAACAACUUUUCUCUGCUUUUCCUGAAAGAACUUCUACACCACACAGCCCAGCUGAGCCAGCUGGAACGUGAGAUAUACCCUGCCCCUCUGGAGUGCUAUGAAAUGGGUGUAAUACUUUCACACAGAUUAGAAAACUUUUGUCCUGAGCUCCUGGACAUACUCAGGGCCAAAAGAAAGCCCAAGGAGGUCACCUUUGAAACAACCCAAUGUUCUAAGUGUGGUGGGUACUACAUUUAUGAUCUGGGAAGCCAAAGUUGCAUUUUUCAAUUAUAA